GCUCCUCGAUGGUCGCGCGCACGUCACGACACUCAAUCUCAGUCAGAUGCAGGGGGACGGGGGAGACCGCAAAACACCAACUAUUUGGAACGGGGUUAAAUUGACCCUGGUCUGCCAUCUGGUGUGGAGGGUUGUAACCCAGUGAGGAGGCCUUUCUGGGUGGGAGGAAGCACGAUGAGCGGGAAGAGCCUGCUUCUGAAGGUGAUCCUGCUGGGGGAUGGUGGAGUGGGUAAGUCCUCCUUGAUGAACCGCUAUGUCACAGACCGCUUCGACUCCCAGUCCUUUCACACUAUCGGUGUGGAGUUCCUCAACCGGGACCUUGAGGUGGACGGACGCUUGGUCACUCUUCAGAUCUGGGACACAGCGGGUCAGGAGCGCUUCAAGUCCCUGCGCACGCCCUUUUACCGAGGUGCCGACUGCUGCCUGCUCACAUUUGCUGUGAAUGACCUGCAGAGCUUCCAGAACCUUGGCUGCUGGAAGAAGGAGUUCAUGUACUAUUCGGACGUUAAGGACCCUGAGCGGUUCCCUUUUGUGGUGCUUGGCAAUAAGGUAGACAUGGAGCAGAGGGAGGUAGGGGAGGACGAAGCACGGGCCUGGUGUGAAGAGAACGGCUGCUGUCCUUACUUUGAGACCAGUGCUAAGGAUGACACGAAUGUCACAGCUGCAUUUGAGGCAGCUGUCAGAGAGGUUCUGGCUGCUGAGGACCCGACUGACCAUGCACUACUGAGUGGUACUAUUGAUCUCCAUGGCAACCGCAAAACCUCUCGCGCGUCUUGCUGCUGAUUGGUCAGUGACAGCGUUCCCGAUCCAUGCAGAUUUUGUAACUGAGAACUCCUGACAUCGGGAUGAUGACCAAUAUGAUUCCAGGUAGGCCUACGGUGAGGUUAGAUAAUUGCUGCACUUAAAAGGAAGAUGACCUUGUUUGUCUUUAAUGGGAAGACAAUUGUGAGCUUUAAUUUUGCAGCUCUGACUGUACGCAUUGGGUAUGAGCUAUUGUGGUGCUCUUACUCAUUUGAUUAUUAGAUCGAUUACCACUGCAAAACUGUGUAGCUGCAGGUAUCAGGGGUACGAGUCAGGCAUUAUGAGAUCAUAUUUAUUUCCCGUGAUUUAUGUAUAUGGGCCAGUUUGCUACAAAAAGUUUCAGUGUUUCUCAAAGUUCAAAAAUAAUACUGCUGUUGUUGAUAAACUGAUUUUUAUUUUUCUGAGAAGCAGAUUUCCAUCCUUUGAUUUUUUUUUUUUUUAACAGACAUUAUUGCGUGAUAUUUACAUUAGGUUUCUGUGUUUGAUCAGAGGCUGAUUGAAGUUUGUGUUCCUGAUGUGUGGAUGAGGUUAUAAUUAUUUAAAUUAACAUUAAUUUUCAUAAUCAUGGCAUGUUUGUAAUCCUGUGCCUGCCUGGUUGAUUGCGUGGCAGGCCUUAACAUUCCAGUCUUUUAGCUUUGCCUGUUCUGAAGGUUCCCUGUGCUUUACUGUUAUAUUACUGUCCAAACUGUCAAUAUUACUGUUAAGUCCUGUCAUUCAAGGUCUCAGCUGAAUGUGAAAUAGCAUGGGCACAACGAUAAUGACGUUACUGCUGAUGUGUGCAUCAUCUCUCCUGUCCAUUAAUACAGUAUUGAGUGAAACUUACAACUGAGUAUUCUUAUAACUAAACAUUUACUCGUGUUCUUCUCAAUGGUACUUUUAUUUCAAUGUUUUUUUUACAUACUGGUUUACUCACCACAGGUGCAUUUGGUUUUUACUGCUGUGAGCCAGAGGGCAGCGUUGUUUUGCCUGUGUGGUUUUAGAAAAUGACAUGCUAGCAAUUCAGUGCUUCAAACUGAGUUUGACAUGGUUUAAAUUCCUGCUUAUCAGUAUUUCAGUUGCUGCUUGAAUAGCAUUUUAUAUUGUGUCUGCUCAAACAACCAAACCUGUUCCAUGAAUAAGAUAAAAUGUUUUCAUCUUCUGAAUGCACAGAGCCGCCAUGGUGUUGAUGGUCUUGUGUAGUCUCUGAGCAUCAUUUGCCUUCCGAGUCAAAAAUGGCAUCAUAUUUCUGUAUGCAUGCUGACUAGUGGUGAACAUUACAAGAGAACCUAAUCCAAUCAGGUACUGUCAUGUUCAAUUUAUUACAUGGUUCUUUGUUUUAAUGUAGGCUUAUGAUGAAUAGCUUAUUGAUACGAUCAUUGUUAAAAUUUUUAUAAGAUGUGUUACAGUAGUGGUACUCGAAGCUUACGAGAGAUAGCUUUUUAACUGUGAACUGAGUCGGGCAUUUUAACAAAGUGGAGCUGUUAGCCUAUAUUAAUUCAAAGCAAAAAUGAGGGCUGAAAAUUUAUCAUUUGUCAGUGUCAAUGCUUUCUGAAUUAAUCAGAAUACCAUGUCUCCUUUCCUGUACUAUUUCAGUUUGUAUCCUGUUCAGGAAAUGUAGCCUACCACAGUGUUUACCUGAAAUCUAACAUACCUGAGAAUGAGUGGGUGUUUAUAAGCUGGUAGCAUAACCCUUCAGUAUGUUGCUUUCAUGUUGCUGUCUUACAUGAUAGCAACUCAGUCUAAUGUCAGUAUUUUUUUUAAAUGUUGCUGUAAUAUUUAUGAAUGUAAAAACUAAUUUCUUUGGGCUGUCCAUAUUAAUGGCUUAUGUAAAUUGCAAAGGGCAUUCAUUUUAUAAUAAUGUACAAAAUGACAGUGAACGUCUGUUUCACUCUCAGUGCUCACCCCAGAGUGCUAUUUAAGCUGUGUGAAAGUUGGACUGUUCAUCUUGAUUAUGUGUUGAUUUAAUGGACAACUUCCCUCGCUCCUCUUUUUGCACUACGGAGGAUAAGACUGGUUGUGCCAACAUGCUGGCAAAGCGGCAAAUUCUCUCCAGUGCUUGGCUACAAAUAAAAACAUGCGA